GUGACGGGAUUUCGCCGAUCCCUUUAUAAAAGGCUCCUCGAACUUUUGAACCAUCACCUCUCCCUCCCCUCGUCCUCCUCUCCGGCCACCGGGAACCCUAAGAUUUAGAUCUCCGACGAUUUAGAUCUCAGACGAUGAGGGAGAUCCUGCACAUCCAGGGUGGGCAAUGUGGGAACCAGAUCGGGGCUAAGUUCUGGGAGGUGAUAUGCGACGAGCAUGGCAUCGACGGCAGCGGCAGGUACAACGGUGACUCUGAACUCCAGCUCGAGCGGAUUAAUGUUUACUACAACGAGGCCAGCGGGGGUCGAUACGUCCCCCGGGCGGUGCUCAUGGAUCUCGAGCCUGGCACGAUGGACUCCGUCAGAUCCGGGCCGUUCGGCCAGAUCUUCAGGCCGGAUAACUUCGUCUUCGGGCAGUCCGGCGCCGGGAACAACUGGGCAAAGGGCCACUACACUGAGGGCGCGGAGCUCAUUGAUUCGGUACUCGAUGUAGUGCGGAAGGAGGCAGAGAACUGUGAUUGCUUGCAAGGGUUCCAAGUCUGCCAUUCUUUAGGAGGAGGUACUGGUUCUGGCAUGGGCACACUUCUCAUCUCCAAGAUCAGAGAGGAGUAUCCAGAUCGCAUGAUGCUGACAUUCUCUGUUUUUCCAUCACCAAAGGUCUCUGAUACAGUUGUGGAACCAUAUAAUGCUACUCUCUCAGUGCAUCAGCUUGUUGAGAAUGCUGAUGAAUGUAUGGUGCUGGACAAUGAAGCACUGUAUGACAUUUGCUUCCGCACACUAAAGCUUGCAACCCCAACCUUCGGAGAUCUUAAUCACCUCAUCUCUGCUACAAUGAGUGGUGUCACCUGCUGCCUCCGGUUCCCUGGUCAGCUCAAUUCUGACCUCCGGAAGCUUGCCGUGAACCUGAUUCCCUUCCCCCGCCUCCACUUCUUCAUGGUGGGGUUCGCACCACUGACAUCAAGGGGCUCCCAGCAAUACAGGGCCCUCACUGUUCCUGAGUUGACCCAACAGAUGUGGGAUGCCAAGAACAUGAUGUGUGCCGCCGACCCCCGUCACGGCCGUUACCUGACCGCCUCAGCCAUGUUCCGUGGAAAGAUGAGCACCAAGGAGGUCGAUGAGCAGAUGAUCAAUGUUCAGAACAAGAACAGCUCCUACUUCGUCGAGUGGAUACCAAACAAUGUCAAAUCCAGUGUGUGUGACAUUCCACCCAAGGGGCUGAAGAUGGCAUCCACUUUCAUUGGGAACUCAACCUCCAUCCAGGAGAUGUUCAGGCGGGUGAGCGAGCAGUUCACCGCCAUGUUCAGGAGGAAGGCUUUCUUGCACUGGUACACUGGCGAGGGCAUGGACGAGAUGGAGUUCACUGAGGCCGAAAGCAAUAUGAAUGACUUGGUGGCAGAGUAUCAGCAGUAUCAGGAUGCAACAGCUGAUGUGGAAGAUUAUGAGGAAGAGGAAGAGGAAGGGGAGGAAGCUUGAGCUGAUUCUCUUUUUCCCAGCUUGGCUUGAGAUGGACUUGGUUAUGUUUGUACCAUGAAGGACAUGCUUGUAUGUCUCUUUUAGCUGCCAUAUGGAUAUUUGUAUUCAUGUGAAAUUUGUGUGUUGCAGCGCUGUGAUUGUUUGAAUGCCAUUUGAUCUAAAUUUUGUUCA